GGCUGUUUGCUCUCAUGCCAAGUGGCCGCUGCUCUCUAAAAUGUAAAUAGUACCAAAAAGGACGACAAAAGAAAAGGAUCAGAAGCAACACAAGACCUGUCAGCUGACAAGGCUGCUGACGAUCAGAGGUCACCAUGUACUUGAACCACAGUCAUUAUCAGUCUGAGGAUCGCCUGGAUGCACGCAAGUCAAAUGGCUUCAAGUCAGAGGACGCCUGGUCGUCGCGGAGCAGUAGUUUCUCCAGACCCAGUGGGAAGACGAUAUAUCAGCAGAGGAAAGAAUAUGCUGAGGAGGUGAACAAACAAGUCCGCAAUGUUGAGUAUAGGGUCGAGCAUCUGUUCUCAUGUGAGCUUGACCAGAAGGACCUGAAGACAGUGGAUGACUGCAUAUCCAGACUCAAGCUCCUGGAUGCUAGGGGUCGUGUGUGGGGACAAGAAAUGAUUCUCCAGGUGAAGAAUGGUAGCCUGCAACUAAUGGACAUUGAAGCUAAGGAGGAACUGGAGUGUUUCUCUCUGAGCAGCAUUCUGGAUUGCCAAGCUGUCAUCAACAGCUGUGUGUACAGUUCCAUUUUAUCAGUGACGGUCCAAGAGAAAAGUAAGAGACGAAAAAGUGUGCUGCUCUUCCAGUGUGAUGAGUUUGGGGCUGAACAAAUUCAAAAUGAGUUGGAUAAGGUUAUUUUAGAGGCAAAAGACUACGAGGGAGGCCCUGACAAUAUAAGGAAUAAUCUCGAGAGUAUGCUAUCCCAGCAGCCCCCUGCACCAUACCGCAACAGAACCCCCUCUGCAUUGCCCUCUGUGGAGAAAUGGAAUGAGCCAGAGCUACCUAGGCCUCACUGGAACGUGCCAGACUAUGAGAACCAAUCGGAACCAGAACAGGAAUUUCCAAUGCCUGAUUUCUCCAACCAGAGAGUCCCAAGAGGGGAGAAGAGCAAAGUGGGCAAAAAUGAAAACGUCCUUCUUAUAGAAAGAAAUGUGGAGAUUAUCAAUCAUGUUCUGGAGGACAUCGAGGUAUUCAUUAACAAGGUAAAUGUUGCUGUGGUGGCGCAUAGCCUGGGUAAGAAGAAGAAGAAGAAGAAAAAGAAAGAAAAGUCAGUUAUUGAAGGACUGCCACCACUUGAGGAGUUUGGUGCCUGCAUCCAGAAAAUUAAAUAUGGAUUUAACCUGCUGGGAAAGCUUGAAGGAAAAAUUGAAAGUCCUAGCCCUGCUGAUUUAGUUCAUGUUCUUUUCUCUUCACUCACAUUUCUGCAUGUAAACUGUCCUAAAGAAGACUUGGCACAGUCCACGCUUAGCCCGCUGCUGACCAUGUCAGCCAUUGACCUGAUGAAUAAUACCGUCACAUCUGAAGAGUUCAGUUUCUGGAGGAUGCUAGGACAUGCGUGGAACAUACCCAGGUCUGAAUGGGCAGACUCAGACUCCAUCCCUCCCUACUUCCCUGUCUUUUACGAUGGGUGGGAGCUUCCGCCACUUCCUUCUGCAGACCAAGAAACAGAAGAGUACAUGGAUCGUGGGAGAAUGGAACGGGAAAGCUACAGAGCCCCUUCAGAAAGUCAUCACGAUUCCAAGCAGCAGAUGUCUUCAUCUUGGAGCUCCCCACAAACACGGCCCCAGCAUGCAGAAAACAUAAUGCGUGUCAUGUAUGACUUUGUGGCCAGAAACAACCAGGAGCUGACGGUCAUGAAAGGAGACCUGGUUGAGGUGCUGAACAACACCAAACAGUGGUGGAAAGUGAGAGAUAUGAAAGGAGAAGAAGGCUUUGUCCCCAACAACAUUCUGGAAUCCACUCAGGAACAGCAAGACAUGGAGCAGGACAUUGGACAACGUCCCAUCUUGAACAAGAAAUCCAGGCCAGAAGAAGUGAAAAUGUGGCUUCAGUACAAAGGCUUCUCCAAAAUCACCGUGAAGUGUCUGGGGGUCUUGAGUGGUGCCAUGCUCCUGGGAAUGACCCGUGAAGAGAUCAAAAUUGUGUGUCCAGAGGAGGGUGGGAGAGUCUUCUUCCAGCUGCAGGCUGUAAAGUCAUCCCUAGCGCUUGCCAGUGAAAGCGGCCGAGACACCAGCAGCAGCAGCUCCUUUUACAGUCGUUGAAAGGCACAGAAGCUUGUGGAAUGCACUGUGAAGCUUGGUACAAUUCUCCAAAGUGUGUACUUUAAAUCUUCCUUUAAUUGCAG